AUGAAACGGCAAAGAGACGAUAGAGUAGAGAACAUAGAUUUAGCAAAUUGUGUAAUUCUACUCUCUCAUCCCAAACAAACCAAACCAAAGAAACACUUUGAUCGUGUUGAAUUUGAGUGCACCACAUGCAACCGUAAGUUCUCUUCAUUUCAAGCCCUAGGUGGCCAUAGGGCUAGUCAUAACAAACCGAAACUAGAUGCUACAAAACUCAAACUACAGGUACAAAAUUUGAGCUUAUUUAAUAAGUCCAAAAUGCAUGGUUGCUAUAUUUGUGGUAAAGAAUUCUCUUUAGGUCAGGCUUUGGGAGGACAUAUGAGAAGGCACAGAAUUGGUGUCAAUGAAGAGUUUUCUUUGAUGAAGGAAAAUAAGAUUGUUGGAGAAGUUCCAAUAUUGAAAAGAUCGAAUAGUAAGAGGGUUAUGUGUUUGGACUUGAACUUAACACCUUUGCAAAAUGACUUGAAGUUGUUGUUUGGAAAUAUGGCACCUAAAGUUGAUUCUUUUGUCUGA